AUGGAACACGAAAGGGAACAAUAUAAUAUGAUCAUAGAAGAUCAAAGAGAUGUAACAAUAAAAGUGUUAUUCCUCUCAAAUAUCGUUCGGAAAUAUGCUGCUUUCAAACGGAAAUCUCCUCCAAGGCGAAAAGCACUACAAUUGACUCUCAAAAUUUUCCGUGAUUCCAAAACCAACGAUUAUGUUCAAUUUUCUCCUAGCUCUGCGUCAACUUUAUGCGAAAAAGAAGAUGCUGAGUCUUUCAUAAUUGAGCCAUCAACAACUAUGCACUCAAAGCAAUUCACUUCAAUUAGAAGUUUUACCUCAAUAGAAGAUCAAUGGUUUGGUAGAAAUAAGACAUGUAAAUUAUAAUCAGACACAAAUGAAGAAUAUGAAAUAAUCAGGCAAAACUUCUUUCAUCUUUAUUUCACACAUAAGCCACUGCAAGGGUCAAGAAUUUAUAAAAAUAACCCUGAAGUGCAUAUAUCUAAUGUUAUACAGCACUUUUUGGAUUGCUAUAUUACUACUCAUCAUCUUUUGAAUGUCUUAUUAGCGCCUCUUAAAGGCAGAGAGUGGGUGGAUUUGAGAAAUUUUGUCCAUUCACUCGAAGCGCUUCAGCAGGCAGUGUUUGAUAAAUCGUCAUUUUUUUAUAAAGAGCCUGGCCAUGAUAUCAAAAGAAAGUUGACAAUGCAGAAAUUGCUGUGUAAUUUCUAUACUUUUUAGAUUUAUUGGGAAAAUUUAUUUAAGCAUGCUGAAAAAUAGUAUUCAGAAGUGAGAUUUAAUUUGUGUAGCAUAAACAGUUUUUUUCAAAAUGGUAGAGAUUUUUAAUGAAGGAGAGCUUGGGCGGCCACAGCUGCAAAACGUGAUGAGCAUGGCUUUAAAAAAAAAGAAGAAAAGCUCGGAAAAAUUGAAGCUCGCUGAUUGAACGCUAGAGAAAGCGAAAGCAUUAUCAGGGAAGCGAAGAGAGUAUAUUACAUUUGAUGAGUUUUUUAAGAUUCUUAAAAAUUAA